CGCUGGCAAUCGGAGCACCGAAGGCGCCAUUUCUACUGGAGGAUGAUGUUCGAAAGUGCUGACAUCAGCAUGCUGCGGCUCCUAGAGACCUUUCUCAAGAGCGCCCCGCAGCUGGUCCUGCAGUUGAGCAUCAUGAUCCAACAGAACUACAUCGAACCCUUGCAGGGUCUCUCCGCCUCGGCUUCCCUGGUCUCCCUGGCCUGGACCCUCGCCUCUUACCAGAAGGUGCUUCGGGACUCCCGGGAGGACAAGAUGCCCAUGUCGUACAAGGGGGCCGUGGUGCAGAUCCUCUGGCACCUCUUCACCAUCGCCGCCCGAGCCAUCGCCUUCGCCCUCUUCGCCUCCGUGUUCCAGCUCUACUUCGGCAUCUUCAUCGUCACCCACUGGUGCAUCAUGACCUUCUGGAUUAUCCAGGGCGAGACGGACUUCUGCAUGUCCAAGUGGGAGGAGAUCAUCUACAAUAUGGUGGUGGGCAUCAUCUACAUCUUCUGCUGGUUCAACGUCAAGGAAGGCCGGAGCCGUUGCCGCAUGUCCAUCUACUACGUCAUCACCCUGUCCGAGAACGCGGCCCUGACGGGCCUCUGGUAUUUCUACCGGAAAGGGAGCGUCAUCUCCGAGUCCAAUGCCUUAAUCAUCGUCUGCGUCGUCACCUCCAGCUUCGCCUUAGGGGUCUUCUUCAUGUUGAUUUACUACUGCCUCUUGCACCCCAGCGGGACCAUCUUCGGGCCCCGCCGAACGGGCUGCCUGUGCGGCAAGGAGCCCACGGCGGUCCCUUGCGGGGGCGGGCCCCCCGCGGACGUGGUCACCAGCCCCCCGCGCUCCUUGCCGAGGACUACAGGGGCCGAGAGGGAAGGGGUGCCCGGUGACCGGGACAGCUGCGUGCCGGUCUUUCAGGUCAGGCCCAGCGUGCCCCCGACCCCGCUUGCCCGAGCCCCGCGGACAGAGGGACCCAUCAUCCGCAUUGAUUUGCCUCGGAAAAAAUACCCCGCCUGGGACGCCCACUUCAUCGACAGGCGCCUCCGCAAGACCAUUCUCGCCCUGGAGUACACCUCUCCCGCCACUCCGCGCCUGCAGUACCGCAGCGUGGGCGUCUCUCAGGAGCUGCUGGAGUACGAGACCACCGUGUGAGGUGGCCCGGAGGCGCUACGUAACCCUCCCACCAAGUGGUGGCCCCGUAGGGCCCUUGCCGGAGCGGGGCUGGCUUCUAGGUGGCCAAAGCCAGGCGGGCUUGUGAGCCUUCUCCAAGGUUCUGGGUUUGGGGGGGGAAGAAGUGGGAGGGCGGUGGCCCCGAAACAUCAGCAGGUCCUCCCUCUCGCCUGUCUCUCGUUAGCCAUUCGGACCGGUCACUCCGCCUUCACACACCGCCAAGGACUGCAAGGGCCAGCCCUUCCUCGGGCAGGAUCCGACCCCUCUCACCGAUGGGAGUAAACGAGAGGCUUUUUGGUGCUAUUUACCACUCCACGCCUCCACACCGGUUGGGUUUCCCCAUAACCUCCUCACCUCCAGGCAGUCCACGGGCUUUCUCUUCCUACUCCCCGCCCCCCACCAGACUCCACCGUCAGCAGGAGGCCCUGCGAGGUGGGACACCCACCUGUGCCCUCACCCUCCGAGGUAGAGGGCGUGGCCAUUACCUCACCUGAGAGCGAAAGCCUUCUAAGGCCAUGGACCAUUCGGCUCUCUCUGGCCAUCAGGAAAAGGGCUGGCCAUGCGUGGGGAGAGGUAAAUGUUCAAAUUGGGGGGGGGGCAAGUGGUGGUCCUGGCAGAACCCAGGUGGAGGCACUGGGCAGACCAAAGGGGGCUGCUAAGAGUGGAAGCAUGGGCCUCGGAGUAGAUGCUCAACGGCUGUGUGGCACGGGCUGGUAUCUGGAACGAUUGGAGCCAGGGCUUGGAUCUAUUGGUGGGUUUUAUUUCUGGGUUUUGUAAAAAGAAAGAAAGAAAGAAAAAAGAAAAAGGACCAGGGGGUGGAUCGUGGCCCAAGUAGGAGAUCAGGAUCCGGCAUUUCCAAGACCAUGCCUGUUUUCUCUCCCUUUGUUCCUCCUACCCAUUGUCCUUGUACUGGGCCCACAGCCCUUACUGGGAUGGCUUUGGGUGACUCUGGAGGCUAAAGUGGAGAGAGAAACACAGGGACUCCUGAGGACCGAUCCGCUGUGAAACCUGCAGGAGCUGAAAGUUAGGGGGAAAGGUGGGGAGUUCAAGUCUCCAAGGCUUUCGAGAGCCUCGGCAACUCUUGACGAAUCUCUCCAUUAUGCUCAUGCAUUUACAAGAUGUUGAUGGAAAGCUGACACGGAGCGAUUCCAGAAGGAAGGGUAUCUUUCUUUUAUCCUACGCCUCCUUGGUAGGAAAGGUAGUGCAAAUUCCGGAUAAGCUCC